AGCGGAUUGAACCGUCCCGUCAUUCCUCGCGUGGCCAACGGCUCUCUACCGACUGCUCAUUGAAUUACAGUCCGCGGCUUGUUCGGCUCGGUUUUACGGAGUGAUCCGCGGAGAUCCGGGCCAUACCGACCCAACAAACACCGCUACACCGUCCGGGCUUCUGCUGGUCGUCCGGCGUGCCGCUCCUGGACUCGCUGGCUGAAUAUUGUCGGGGAAGAACGGCAGAGCUAGUACCCAGCGAUGAUGGAGCUGGAGUCGGCCUGUAGCCGAGGCGACCCGGGGACUCCCGGGGACUCGCUUCAGCCGCAGACCCCGAGCCGGCACGAGAAGAGCCUGGGCCUGCUCACCACCAAGUUUGUGACCCUGCUGCAGGAGGCGAAGGACGGGGUCCUGGACCUGAAGGCGGCUGCAGACACUCUGGCCGUACGGCAGAAACGACGCAUCUAUGACAUCACUAACGUCCUGGAGGGAAUCGGUCUGAUCGAGAAGAAGUCCAAGAACAGCAUCCAGUGGAAGGGCGUGGGACCAGGCUGCAACACCAGGGAGAUUGCAGACAAGCUGAUGGAGCUGAAAGCCGAGCUGGACGAUCUGGCGCUGCGGGAGAACGAGCUGGACCAGCAGAAGGUCUGGGUCCAGCAGAGCAUCAAGAACGUCACCGACGACUCCGGGAACAGCCCGAUGGCCUACGUAAAGCACGAAGACCUCUGUGGAGCGUUUAAAGGGGACACUCUGCUGGCCAUCCGGGCCCCCAUUGGGACGCAGCUGGAGGUUCCUGUACCAGAACUCGUCCUUAAUGGACAGAGGAAGUACCAGAUCCGUCUGAAGAGUACCUCUGGACCCAUUGAGGUUCUCCUGGUCAAUAAGGACCCGUCCAGCGCCGCUCCGGUGGUUCUGCCCGUCCCGCCUCCUGAUGACAUCCUGCACAGCCUGCCGGCGCCGACGGCGACCCAGACGACCCCCCAGGCUCCAAAGCUCUGCAAGCCGCAUCCAGCCAUAAAACCAGCCGCAGCAACGCCGGGCGCCGCAGCAACGCCGGGCGCCGCAGCAACGCCGGGCGCCGCAGCUGCAGAUGCGAGCGCUCAGCUCAGCGCUGCGGCAGACUGUGCUGCAGCGGUUCCGCAGCAGCUGCAGUCCUCCGCCUCCCUGGACGGUUCUGCUUCCUCGGCCGGAUUCCAGCCCGUCAAGUCGGAUCCGUCUGAGCUUUUGGAUUUUCCCAAAGAGCUUUCUGAAAUGUUUGACCCGACUAAAGAGAUGAUGCCUGGAGACCUGCUGGAGGACCUGAUGUCGUCAGAAGUGUUCUCGCCUCUCCUCCGCCUGUCACCUCCGCCCAGCGACCAUGACUACAUCUACAACCUGGAUGAGACCGAGGGCCUCUGUGACUUGUUCGACGUCCCCAUCCUUAACCUCUGACCCCGUCUGGCCCGCCUUCAGCCUCCUGCGGCGCUGCUGCGGCCUCCAUCUGCGCCUCCUUCAGCUCCAUGUACAGAAAACAGCCGGAAACUUUGAGCUUUUCCAAGGAAAAAGAGUCAAAACUAUAUUUUUUGCAUUGUUGUGUACAAAGACUGGUGUGUGUGUGUGUGUGUGUGUGUGGACCUUUUGUACUGAAGAAUCUCAGAGUGUCUCCUGGGAACCAGAAGAUCCGGGUUCCGGGCCCGAACCGGCCUGGUCCUCCUUGUACAUAGAGAAUAUAUAUUUUGUGAUAGCGGCGAACGAUGCUUUAUCAUUUCUGCAGUUGGAACAUAGAAAGUGACAAACUGUUCCCAGGAAUCAUGCAGCUUGGUCUCAAUCCAGUCCUCCCAGUCUUCCCAUUUUAACCAGUCAAAUGUUAGUUGCAAGUCAAACAAGAAAUUCAUGUAAAAAUGUGAUCAGAUUAAAAUGACUGGGUUUUAAGGUUCUGUAAGGGAUUUUUGAAGCCUCCAGGCCAGGGUAAUGUUGAGCAGAAUAAUGAUAAAUAUAAAGUUUUAACGCUGACCUUUCAUCUCUGUAUGUUUCUGUCUCGUCCAUAAACUCUUUUAAAUCUG